AUGUCUCUCGCAUCUGGUGUUCAGGUUCAGGAUGAGUGCAUCACUGCAUUCAACGAGUUCCGUCUGAGCAAGGGCAAGACCAAGUUCAUCAUCUACAAGAUCUCCGACGACAAGAAGAGCGUUGUUGUCGACGAGGUUGGCCACGACCAGGACUACGAGGUCUUCCGCAGCAAGCUCGAUGCUGCCAAAAAUGCCAACGGCUCCCCCAUGCCCCGUUUUGCCGUCUACGACGUCGAGUACGACCUUGGUAGUGGCGAGGGCAAGCGCUGGCAGGAUAUGCCCCCUCUGACCAUGAUUCGUGAUUACAGAAGCAAGAUCAUCUUCAUCUCCUGGGUGCCCAGCGAGACCCCUACUCUGUGGUCCAUGAUCUACGCCAGCACCCGCGAGCCCCUGAAGAGCGCACUCAACGUUUCCACUUCCCUCCACGCCGACGACAAGUCCGAUAUUGAGUGGAAGCACGUUCUGAACGAGGCCAGCGGUGGCAAGGCUGGCAAAUAG